GCAUCUCCCGAGUGCCUUUCAUCUGAGAAGUUCAAGGCACUUUGUAGAGCUUCUGCCAUAGGCCGCGCAUGGGCCUUGCAGCACAUUUGUAAGCAAUGGCUGCCAUCCGGAAGAAACUGGUGCUUGUUGGUGACGGAGCCUGUGGCAAGACUUGCUUGCUCAUCGUUUUUAGCAAGGACCAGUUCCCAGCGGCGUAUGUCCCUAUGGUGUUUGAGAACUAUGUGGCAGACAUUGAAGUGGAUGGAAAGCAGGUCGAGUUGACCUUGUGGGACACAGCCGGGCAGGAGGACUAUGAUCGCUUGAGGCCCCUCUCCUACCCGGACACGGAUGUGAUCCUGAUGUGUUUCUCCAUCGACAGCCCUGAUAGUUUAGAAAACAUCCCAGAAAAAUGGACUCCGGAAGUCAAGCAUUUCUGUCCCAAUGUGCCCAUCAUCCUGGUUGGGAACAAGAAGGAUCUUCGAAAUGAUGAGCACACAAGGCGGGAGCUAACCAAGAUGAAGCAAGAGCCAGUCAAACCGGAAGCAGGCAGAGAUAUGGCAAACAGGAUUGGCGUUUGGGGGUACGUGGAGUGUUCAGCAAAGACCAAAGAUGGAGUGAGGGAGGUUUUCGAAAUGGCCACGAGAGCUGCUCUGCAAGCCAGACGUGGGAAGAAGAAAUCUGGGUGCCUUGUUUUGUGAGCCUGCUGCAAGCACAGCCCUCCCGCGUUCAUUUUGAAGUGCUGUUCAUUAAUCUUAGUGUAUGAUUCCUGGUCUUUUUCAUUUAUCUAUAAUUUACCUAAGAUUACAAGUCAGAAGUCAUCUUGCUACCAGUAUUUAGAAGCCAACCAUGAUUAUUAAUGAUCUGGCCC